AUGCACCUCUCUGAAUCUCUUGGAGGGAGUCAGCAAGUACGGCGUGGGAGACCGCACGCCAGGCUUGCUGUACAACCCAGACGGCACACUCACCAUCUACAUUCAACCCACUUCGCCCGGCCAAUCACUCGAAGUCAACUGGAUCCCCACUGUCAACUCGGUACUACAAGGAGUGCAGUGGUGCUGAGAGCGUACGGCCCCUCACAGCUCAUUCUCAACGGCACAUACCGCCCGCAGCCAGUGCAGCUCUUCCCUCCUGGUCCCACGUGCCAAGGACAGCAGGAGGGAAAUGUUACUCUCACAGCACCAGCAGGGCAGCAGGAGCGCAAUCGCACUCUCAUAAACCCUGUUACUUAG